AUGGUUUUUCUCCUAUUGCUCAUCUUUAUUUCUACCGUACUGUCUUCUCAAGAACUGUAUGCACCACCAAUUCUUGUUGGUGGAUCCUAUGUGCUUUCUACAAAUUACGAAGGAGCCAAAAAUUCUUCGACUGGAAUUAAAAGAUUAUUGAAUUCUGAAACUGAGGACACAUGGCAAGUUUUUCAUUUUUGUACAAAAGAUGGGCAGAACAAGGACAAGUGUGGCGCAUGGGUGGAUAAG